AAAUAUAUAUAUGAAAAAAACUUGAAAAACUUUUGCGGAUAUUUUUUCACUCUAAACAAUUACUACUACUGCUGUAAUCAACUUUAGUUUUCCAUGAAAUGAUAAAUUAAUAAUUUAGGCAAUUAAUGGCUUCUUUUUCAUCUUCAUAUAGAAAUAACAAUACUGCUACCAUUAGUAGUAGUAACAGGGGAACAGUGAAAUCAGAUCGACUGCAACACCAAACACCUUCUUCUUCUUCUUCUUCUUCAUUAUUAAAAUCUAAACAAGUCUCGAAUGUUCGCCGUAGCAGCUCCGCCGCUACUCUUAAAGAUUUUAAUCAGUCCGUUUCUGGUCGAGUUCGAGUUGCUGUCAGAUUGAGACCUCAAAAUGCCGAGGAGAUGGUGGCAGAUGCUGAUUUUGCAGAUUGUGUGGAAUUACAACCAGAGUUUAAGCGGUUGAAACUUCGAAAGAACAAUUGGGAUUCAGACACCUAUGAAUUUGAUGAAGUGCUAACUGAAUCUGCAUCACAGAAACGUGUAUAUGAAGUUGUUGCAAAACCUGUAGUCGAGAGUGUUCUAGAUGGUUACAAUGGGACAGUGAUGGCUUAUGGUCAAACCGGCACCGGGAAGACUUUUACUCUAGGACGAUUGGGUGAUGAAGACACAUCAGCUCGUGGUAUCAUGGUCCGUGCAAUGGAGGAUAUUCUAGCUAACGUAUCUCGGGAUUCUGAUUUGGUCAUGAUCUCAUACUUGCAGCUUUAUAUGGAGACGAUCCAAGAUCUUUUAAAUCCAGCAAAUGAUAACAUUUCAAUUGUUGAAGAUCCAAAAACUGGUGAUGUUUCCGUACCAUCUGCAACUCUGGUAGAUAUUCGAACCCACCAUGAUUUUAUGGAGCUAUUGCGAUUGGGAGAAACUCAUCGAGUAGCCGCCAACACAAAACUCAAUACUGAGUCUUCUCGUAGUCAUGCUAUCCUGAUGGUUCACAUUAAGAGGUCUGUUACAGACAUGAAAUAUGACAUCUCAAGCGAAAAUAACCAUUCUCUUCAUAUGAGCAAAAAUUCUAAGCCCCCUCUUAUCCGAAAAGGCAAAUUAGUUGUUGUAGAUCUUGCAGGCUCUGAACGUGUUCACAAGUCAGGAAGUGAGGGACAUACAUUAGAGGAAGCCAAGUCUAUAAACCUUUCAUUAAGUGCGUUAGGGAAGUGCAUAAAUGCACUUGCGGAGAAUAGCCCUCAUGUACCUGUUAGAGACUCUAAGCUGACGAGGCUGCUCAAGGAUUCAUUUGGAGGCACUGCGAGAACAUCAUUGGUUGUAACUGUUGGUCCGUCUCCACGCCAUCGUACAGAAACUGCAAGCACUAUAUUGUUUGGGCAAAGGGCCAUGAAGGUGGAGAACAUGUUGAAAGUUAAGGAGGAAUUUGAUUACAAAAGUUUGUGUAGGAGGCUUGAGACACAGAUUGACAAACUUAUAGCGGAAAAUGAGAGACAACAGAAAGCAUACGAGGACGAGAUUGAAAGAACAACAAUAGAAGCACAACAACGUAUCUCUGAGGCUGAAGUUUGUUAUAGAGAAGCUUUGGAGAGGGAGAAAACGAAGUGUCAGAUGGACUACAUGGAAUCUAUUAAGAAGCUCGAGGAGAAAUGGAUGAACAAUCAACCUAAAUAUGGAACCAACGGUUUUACUAAUGGCAGUCAUCAUGGACAGGGUAAUGAUUAUGUGAAAGAAGAUAUUACAGAGUUGAAGAUAGUGCUUCAGAAGGAAAUUACUUUACGGAAACAGGCUGAAGAAGAGAUCCAAAAUCUUAGAAAUUCUCAAGCUCUCCCUACAGAGGCAGGUGUAUGUGCUGACAUCGUAAAGCUCCAAAAUUUACUAGAUGAGGAGACACAUCAGAAACAAAAGCUGGAAGAAGAAGUUUUACUUUUACAAAGCAGAUUGUCACAAGUGACUGUUAGUUCUGGUCAGCCAAGAUAUUCGCAACUUGAUGAUCGAGGCAAUGGAGACAGAACAUCAAUAGCCAAUCUUCAUGAACAUGUUGGAUUGCAAAAGAUCUUGUCUUUGCUAGAGUCUGAAGAUCCUAAUGUUCGCUUGCAUGCGGUGAAAGUGGUGGCCAACCUAGCAGCUGAAGAUACUAAUCAGGAAAGAAUAGUUGAAGCUGGUGGCCUCUCAUCUCUGCUGGAGCUCCUUAGAAGCAGAAGUUUUGAUGAAACAAUUUGUAGAAUAGCAGCUGGUGCUAUUGCAAAUCUUGCAAUGAAUGAAACUAAUCAGGAACUUAUAAUGACUCAAGGCGGGAUUAAUUUGUUGGCAAUGACUGCAGCUGAUGCUGAGGAUCCACAGACACUGCGAAUGGUAGCCGGGGCUAUUGCUAACUUAUGUGGAAAUGAUAAACUGCAAAGUCGGUUGCGGUCUGAAGGUGGAAUCAAAGCUUUGCUGGGCAUGGUUAGGACAAGACAUCCAGACGUUCUUUCUCAGGUUGCACGUGGAGUUGCAAAUUUUGCAAAAUGCGAGUCCCGUACCUCUAGCAAAGGGAACAAAAAUAGCCGGUCCUUAUUGAUAGAAGAUGGGGCUCUUCCAUGGAUUGUGCAAAAUGCCAACAAUGACGCAUCAAUAAUCAGACGCCACAUUGAGCUUGCACUCUGUCAUUUAGCACAACAUGAAGUAAAUGCAAAAGAUAUGGUGAGUGGAGGUGCCCUCUGGGAGCUGGUUCGUAUCUCCCGUGAUUGUUCCCGGGACGACAUACGUGCUCUUGCUCACCGUACUCUGACUGCUAGUAAAAUCUUCUCAUCUGAACUGCGGCGAUUACGAGUUGAGAUCUAAAUUACCAUACACUGAUUGAAGACGGUCGAGUAGCAUCAGGUCUGCAAACCUUCUUAUCUGCUCAGUAUUCAUCUAAAGUUGACGGGGUAGCUAGACAGCUUAUUGUCUAUGUGAUCUGCCUUUAUUAAGGUUUAAUGAACACAAUUCAGUCAUAUUUUUGUAACAUUGCAGGCAUUCCACUCUAUCGUGGCUACGUAGGUUUGAUGUAGUCUAAACAUCAGUUUUAUCAACAUCAUUCCGUGAUUAAUCA